CAGCGUCCCCCUCAGUGGCUGCAGCUCCAGUCGGAUCUCUCGCCUCUCCACAGCUUCAUGUUGUGAUAGAAACCAGUUACUGUCGCAGCCAAACAUGGUGAAGCAAUAGCAUGACACAAAUGUUUUGAGCAUGGCAGAUAGAAAGGGCAAACCUGUCACGCCGAUCAAAACACGCACAAAGAAAGAACAAAAAGAGCUCAAGAAAAAGGAGGAAGAAAAAGCAGCAGAGGUUUUUGAAGAAUUCCUUGCAUCAUUUGAGAGCAACAAGAAAAGCGGAGUGAAAACAUUCGUCCAUGGGGGUAUCGUGAAUGCAACUAAAGAGGAGGAAGCAGCAGAGGUCAAGAAAAGUCAUAUUUAUCGACCUUCUUCUACGAAGUUUGUCCCUGUGUCCCAGCAUGUCUCCCCAGUAUCAUCUGGUGAAAGCAAAAAGGCUGCGUUUAAAAAAAAGUCAGAAGAAAAGAAGAAGAGUAAUCUUGAGCUCUUCAAAGAAGAACUAAAGCUGAUACAAGAAGAGCGUGAGGAAAGACAUAAAAGGAAGAAAAGUGACUCCGGUGGAGGAGGAGGAGGAGGAGGAUAUGGAGAUUUGGACACGCCAUUAUCCGGACGAUCGAUGUUAUAUGAUGACCUAACAGUGCCAACCACCACUAACCUCUACAUUAGCUGCAUUAGCCCAAAGAUGAAUGAGGAGAUGCUCUGCAAAGAGUUUGGUAAGUAUGGUCCCCUGGCCAGUGUGAAGAUCAUGUGGCCCCGAACAGACGAGGAGCGCUGCCGGACCUCCAACAGAGCCUUUGUGGCUUUCAUGACACGCAAAGAUGCAGAGAGAGCCCUGGCUUCACUUGAUGGUAAAGUGAUUAUGGGGUUUGAAAUGAAGCUGGGAUGGGGCAAACCAGCUCGCAUCCCACCUCAGCCUCUCUACACACCAGUGGGGGUGAGAGCCACACCACCACCCCCGUCUGGUCUGCCUUUCAAUGCUCAGCCAAGGGAUCGCUUCCGCAAUGACUUCACCAAGCCACUGGGCAUGUCCAAAGGAGAGCUUGACAAGACUCUGUCCGAAGCCGUAGUCAAAGUGGUUAUCCCAACCGAAAGGAAUCUAUUAUUCCUCAUCCACAGGAUGAUAGAGUUUGUGGUGCGUGAAGGCCCUGUGUUUGAAGCCGUAAUCAUGAACAAGGAGAAAAGUAAUCCAGAUUUCAGGUUCCUUUUUGACAACAAAAGCCAAGAUCAUGUGUACUAUCGCUGGAAACUGUUCUCCAUCCUCCAGGGACAGUCCCCGACAGAGUGGAGGACCUCAGAUUUCCGUAUGUUCCGGGGAGGCUCCCUGUGGAGACCCCCCAUCCUAAACAACUACUCUUCGAGAAGUGAAGAUAGGAGCGAGGUGGAAGAGGAUGCUCCCCCCGAGGAAGAGGUGAAGAAAGGGCAGCUCAGAACUGAGCACAGACAGAGAUUGGAGACAUUGCUUACAGACCUCACUCCAAGCAGAGAAGAUAUUGCCAGUGCCAUGCUGUUCUGUCUUGAGCGAGCAGAUGCAGCAGAGGAAGUAGUGGGUCACAUCACAGAAUCUUUCUCCUUACUACAGACGCCUCUUCAGAAGAAGAUUGCCAGAAUAUAUCUCGUGUCAGACAUCUUGCACAACUCCUGUGCCAAAGUAGCUGGUGCAUCAUAUUAUCGUAAAUAUUUUGAAACAAAGCUAAUGCAGAUAUUUGGAGACCUCAAUGCUGCGCAUAAAAACAUACAAGCCAGGCUGCAGGCAGAACAGUUUAAGCAAAAGGUUACAAGUUGUUUUAGAGCAUGGGAGGACUGGGCCAUAUAUCCGGAACCUUAUCUAAUCCACCUUCAAAACAUCUUUCUGGGCCUCUCUAAAGCAGGAAAGGAGUCGACAGAGACAGCAGAGAAAGUCUUGUCUUAUCUGGACGGUGCGCCUAUGGACAGCGCACCCAUAGAUGGGUUACCGUUGGACAGAGCUCCUGUGGAUGACCUCGAUGGCUGCCCGUUAGGCUGGGACCCUCUGGACGGAGUUCCUGUCGAUGACAUCGAUGGCGUUCCCUUAGGAGCUGCCACUGAUGACAUUGAUGGAAUGCCCUUGGAGGAGAACAAUCCUCUCUCCACAGUGCCUUUGUCUAAGUGGGAGAAGACGGUGGAUACUGUGACAUUUUCUCAAGGCAAGACUGAGUCUAAGUGGGACAUGGUGGUGGAGCAAAACAGUGAAGAUGAAGUGAAAAUAAGCGUCAACACACAGGAUGGAGAUGAAGACUUGCAGAGUGACAGCAGCGAUGACUCUGGCAGUUUGCCCAAAUAUGACAGUGCAGACUUCCAGAGCUCCCUCCGAAGUUUUCAAAUGUCUGAGAGCCAAAGGAAAAGGUUGAGAGAGCUGGAGGUAAAGAUCAUGAAGAUCCAGGAUGAACUGGAGUCUGGCAAAAGGCCGAGGAAGUCUGGAAUGAGUAUACAAGAACAAGUGGAGCACUACAGGAACAAACUGCUACAGAAGGAGUUUGAAAAAGAUGGAGAAAAGAACGAGAGACCGACGAGGUCAAAGUCGAAAGACAAGUCAAAGGAUGAUAGAAGGGACAAAGAAGGGAGGAGCAGAAGAAGUGAAGAUGGCGUCAGAAGACGAGGAUGGAGUAGAGAUUCUGAUGACCACACCCGAAAUUCGAGGAGCAUCUCUCCUUUAAUAAAGACAAGGUCUCCCAAGUGGUCCAAACGUUCCCGAUCACCAUCUCUUGACCGGAAGGCAGGCAAGUCUAGGUCUCGGUCUCCGCAUCGCUCCCAUAAGAAGGUAAAGAAGAGCAAACAUUGACUCUGAACUCUGGACCUUGUUAUCCAUUAGCCUGCUGGUAUGCAGUGCUAUUUAAACAGACUGACAUGCCUGUUUUCUUGGUCCCAUCUUACACUAUCCAUGCAAGAUCCAGCACUCUUUUGUAUGAAGUUUGAACACUGUAACUAAUUAUAUAUAUUUUUGUUUUAAUGUUUGUUUUUAAAAUGACAACCUGUAAAGAUCUGACACUAAAUAAAUCACUGUGGGUGAUGAACGUG